CCGAAACGUCAGCUUUUGUGCUCCUGAGAUGCUGCUGGGCCUGCUGUGCUCAUCCAGCCUCACAUUUUAUUAUCUUGGGAGAGAGAGCUGUUUUGGUUUGUGAUACACGAGACGAGGCUGUCUAUGCCUUUCACCCAUCGGUAGCUCUCCUCCUGUCCCUGCCUCUAUGCACACACACUGCCAGGCAUAGUCUUCCUCCCUCUCUGUGUGUGUGUGUCUCUCUCUCGCUUCAGCUCCUAAAACGUAAGAUGCAUCGGAUAUAAAAACACGCACAUAAACACACACACACACACACACAUCAACAAGCCAUGGGGAAAGAUCAGGAAUUACUGCAAGCUGUCAAAACUGAAGAUGUAGCUGCAAUGCAGAAGCUGUUGCAAAGGCCGAAACAAGGCAAAGCGAUUCGACCGAAAGGAAAAACAGCAUUGAGGGAUAUGGACCAAAGGCAAUAUGGAGAUUCUGAUGUCGGUAACUGGAAAGCCUCCAUUGUUGGAGGACGAGAAGCCGUAUCCAAUUGAAGCAGCAUAGGCUUUUGCGAUGACUGUGGAAACCACUGCUUAUGCCUUGCUUCAAGCAUUGUCAAGGAAUGAUAUUGACUAUGCAACACCGAUUGCGAGGUGGCUAACGAUGCAACAGAACUAUGGUGGUGGAUUUCACUCGACGCAGGACACAAUCAUUGCCUUGGAAGCUUCAUCACGAUACGACAUUGCAUUUCUGAAGAGGGAAGAAGAAAUCAACAUGCAAAUUCAAUUCCAUGGUUUUGGAAGUCCCAUUGAGAACACGAUUCAUUUGCGCCAGCAUAAUGCUCUGACCGAGAAAGAAUUGAAGUUUCCACUUGGAAGAAAGAUUCACAUCAAGUUGACUGGUCAAGGAAAUGGGACACUGACUAACCAUACAAUUAGACUGUUUUGAUGAGGAACUUAAAGAUCACGAGUCCCGUCCGUUUGACUCACAGUUUGGUACCAUAGGUUGAUACGAUCUUCGUUGGAGAAGGAAAAGGGAUGUUCCAGAUACAGAAAAUAGUCAAACCAUUUACUACAAAGUCCGUUUCUGGGUGGAGUUAGUGGAACCGAAAAAGAUGUCUCCCUCACAGCGUUUGUGACACAAGAAUUGCAUCGUUCCUUGGCGGCCUUUCAACAGAAGAAUAUUCAGAGAUUUCACGAGUGAUAAGAAUGUAACUUCUUUUACUUCUCUUUAUCUCACUUUUUCCAAAAUUGGAAAAUAGAUUUUAGAAAUAACAUCGAGCUGAUGAAGUGUGAAAAGAAGAAUAAUUCCAAGCAGUGG